AUGUCAAUGCCUGAUGUACACAACUGCCUAUAUGUAAGCCAUUUCGGCUGAGUUUCAAUUAUCGAAUUCAUUCAUUUUCGUUGUUCAAACACCUUAGACUUAUGGUCAUUUCCUCAGCUGUCUUCUGAAAAUGAGCGGAUUAGAAAGAAAUACAAGAAACUUGCAAGAAGAAAUGGAGUGCUAGAAAGAGAGCUGAACGAUCUAAAGGAGCAGUUUACUACCCAAAGAUUUAUGCAAACUAAUUCAAGAAGGUAAAUUGUAGGUCCAGUUGUAUAUUUUCACUCUUGACUUCGAAUUCUUUCCAUUGAGUAUGUUGUGUAUUAAUAUUAUAUAAUAUGACGUUUUGCGCCAAGAUAUUUAUCGGUCCUAUCGCACUGGAAUGAACCUUAAUCCGCGCACAAACUGUCUUGAGCAAUACCUGUUUAUCACUGACGGUAUCCUUCGUGGGCUUACAAGCAAACUUGCCUUUAAGCAAAGAUCGAAGUGUUUUUGGCAACAGAGAGCAGGCUUAAUAUAAUUUCAUAUAAUAAUUAAAUUUCUUAAAUGUGGCAAACCAAAUUUAGUUGCGCAAACGUUCUCAAAGCUGGAUGUUUAUGAAGCACUAUAGAUUUGAGAAUUCUCUCCAUACUCUUUAGAGUUCUCCUGCUAAAUUCUGAUGGCCUGGCUUUUUUUUUUCUUUUGUUCGUUUCAAUGUCAAGAACGUUCUCUUGUUACCGUAAGUUUACAUUAUUCUCCUGCAUCAAACUGCUUAAUUAAAACCUUUUUGAAGAGAUUGUUCAUUCGCCCCCUUCUCCUUCCAUGUACAGUGUCCAAGUUCAGACUGAAGAAAAAAGACAAAGAAAUGUUGGGGGAUCAGCAAUAAAAUCAAACCAAUACGACAGACAAAAGAAACCAGCUCAAGAUGAACAAUUUGAAAGUACAACCAAGUUAGUUGUAACUUCAUCUUUCAGUUUUGACAAGGCACAGUUUAUUAAUUAAUAUUUGUUUUAUUUUGAAACUGACUGAAUGUUAAUGCAGCAUUUCAUGCUGUGACUGUUCUGUUUGUCACAGGAAGUAGAAAAAAUUGUGGUGACUUAAUUUCAUGCAAGUGUGGCUACUUGUGCUUCGCAAUCAUGUAGCAAGCUGCAGCUACUUCUUACAUUACUUUUUGUUUUUGGUAGUAAGUUUACUGAAAUUAGCAUCUGCUUUCAACACCACUAUAAUGUCCUGCUGUUCUCAUGGAGAAGAAUGGCCUCUGGUUGUUGGAGUAGGGAGUCUUGGAAUAUCCAUUAGCCUCAAAAAACAUUUUUUUAUAGCAAUAUUUUUUUUUACUUUAGGUUGCCAAGUGGCAAGGGCUGUUAAGUAGAUACACUUUGCUGAGCGAAUUUGAUUCAAUCUGAUCUGUGAAUGAAAUGUGCUAGUAAGCUUAGAGUAAGCCAAAAUUUUUCCUGUUUUAAAAAAUGAGGGACCUGUUGGUACAUAACUCAAUUAUCUGCUUUAUUGUCCAAAAUGUCUCCUGUUUUAAAAAAUUAGAGACCUGUUGGUACAUAGCUCAAUUCUUGCUUUAUUGUCCUGCUCUGUAUCAUCUAUAACUUUCAUAUGAAGAAAAGUUGCGUCUUAAAUAUAGUCUUUUGCUUUAGGAUGUUGUCAAUGCAUAACAAUCUUAUGAAGAGAUACCAGAAGGAACUAAAGACUAACACAGCCCAUGUGGAACAAAUUGCUACUUUGAGUGUGAGUAUAAAUUUCUCAUUGUCAGAGAUGAAAAAUCUAAAAUUGACUGUACACAUUAAUCACAGUUGGAAAACAGAGAUCUGGAAAAGAAACUCCAAGAUGCCAAAAGAAAAAUAGAUGAAUUACACAAAGAGAAUGGAGCUCUUCAGGCCAGAAUUAAUGCUGUGGGCAUUAAGGAACGACUAACACCUUCUAAGAGAGGUACGAACUAUGACCAUUUACUCUCCCUUUAGAAGGAAAGUGAUCUCAAUCAUUUUCUAUUUCAUCAAUGUUUCAAUCAGAUUUAAUGGCUGAUCUCCGUAAAGUUUCACAAGAGAGAGAUAGGAUUGCUAAGGAAAGAAAAAAGUUUAAAGGUUUGGGAUUCAUUUCAUUACUAUAUUAAUAACUAACUUUUUUUCCAUCUCUUUGAAUUAAUCCUUUAAAUCCCUGAAGUGAUGUAACUUCUCCCCCAUUCCAUACAUUAUCCAACAAACGGGCAUUGAGAAUGUUCAAACUUAUGAGGUAGAGGUUGUUUUCUUGAUCCAACACCAAAUUCUUGUAACUAAUCUACAAGGAAUUGAGUAGCAUCUCAUGGGGAGAAUUCACACUAGGAUCUUGGGACUUUUGGGGUGAAGCAAUUGUCAAUGGUGCCAAGCAGUCUUAAGUAAAUAUUAACCUUUAGUGACAAGAUGUACUCACAGGGAAAGCAAAUUGGCCUGCUUGGGAACACCUUUGUUUGUUUGAUUUUAAAAGUGAGUAAAUCUAGAGAACUUUUCACUAGGUUUAAAACCCUGAAAUUGUGGUUGACUUGUUAGAACAAACCAUUAAAUGUGAGAAAAAUGAACAGCAAAGAUUUGUAAAACUUCAAAUCAAUCUCUGUCUAUAUUCCUUUGAUGUAAAAGCCCAUACGUGAUGACCCAGUUCAAGACUUCACUUGUCAGGUGUUACACUCCACUUGGUUGUGUCUCUAUCCUCUAAUUUCCACAUACUUACAUGUAAUGGAAUGUGUAUGUUAGUCAUAAACCAUAUUUGUAUCAGGUGAUAUAAUUUAAUACACAUUUUUUCCUAUGUUUGUAUUUUAACCAUGGGGUCAAACACUCCACAUUGGUCUUUUCAGAUGAACUCAAGAUGUUGGACCGGGUAAGUGAAAUACUGGAACUUUAAUAGCAAGUCAAAGCAAUUUUUCUUGUCGUAGCAGGGGAGCACAACCGCCCCCCCCCCCUUAAAAAAACAUAGAGAGGAGGGGAGGGCACAGCCUUCCACUCUUGUGUGUCAAAACUUUGCGCAAUGCUUUCAUUGCGUAGAAUUCCUUCUUCAAGUCUUUUCAUAUCUUGAAUCAUCAGGAUUGUGUUUGGUGAAAUACUAUAUUACAUGAUUCUUUUUCAAUAACUCCUAUUAAUGCAAUAUUACAUGGGACACAAUUCUAAAAGAGUUUGCUUGUGCCAACAAGCUACUAAACAAUCAGUCCCCCCUACAUUCUAAAUUUCUCUGGCACCUCUCCUUGUAUGUCAAUAGAAGAUCUUUGGAAGAAUGAAUUUGUAAUUCCUAGGUCUAACUCCUGUUUGGAGGUAUCCUUUUCCCAAGCAUCUUUUUUUCACUGUCUGAAUAAAAAACUUAAUUUUGUGUAUUCUCUGUGAUUUUCUUCAGGGAUUCUUUGAAGAAGUAGAAGACUUAAAAUAUGCCCUUCAACAAGCUGCAAGACUGAACAGUGCCUAUGAGAAAGCUCUCAAACAACUGUGUUCCCAGUAUGGCCUUUCCUUCCCUAAAAUAACAACUACAGCACCAACAAAACGCCAUAGGAAACGCACAAGGUCACAAGCAAGAGAAUUUACAAGUCAAUAGUAUUGUAACAAAUAAUUCAAUCUCUGCUCUUAACCCUUAAACUCUCAAAAUCUGGUUUUUAAUUUUCCUCACUAGCUUCUACACAUUUCCUUGUAAAUUAGUUACAAGAAGUUGGUGUUAGAUCAAGGUAACAACCUCUACCUCAUAAGUUGGAGUAUUCUCAUUACCUGUUUGCUGGAUAAUGGAUGGAUAUUAGAAGGAGAAGUAACAUGUUAAUCAGCUCUGGAGUUAUAGGGUUAAAGAGCAGAACUGUUAUGUAAUUACUACAGAUGAUGAAUUAUAAAUAAGGUUAAAAGAAUUAAUAGCAUCCAGGAAGAAAAAAAUAUUUCAUGCUGCUCAUUGGUUAGCUAAAUAGCUGGAAAUUAAAUCAAGUCGGAUGAUGUUAGUUUGUAAUUAACAGUUCCAGUAUUUCUAUAAACUUUCCAGCCUUAAAUUAUUAAUAGCCCAUUCAGUAUCAGCUAACAACCACCAAAAAAUUUACAUGUAUCAUUUGUGGUUAAAUAGAGGAUCUGCUUAAGUAGAUGUCAACUUUUUUUUUUAAUAGAUACUUAUUAUCUUUUAAUAGGUGCAAUUUAUGAGCAGAUCUAAAGGAUACUACCAGUAAUCUCUACUAAAACAACCUAUUGAGAGACUUACAGAGUUUUGUGGUUUCUUUGUUUUUUUUUUUUGUUUUUUUUUUAACAUGUUACUGUCACAGACCAACCAUUGUGUUUAAUCCUGCUUUCUGUCAUUCUCAAAUAUUCCUUUUCAAUACACCAAGUGUGAAACCAGCACACUUAUGCUGAGGCAUAGUUGAAUGUCAAAAGAAAUUCAACUCUCAAGGCAGACACCCUCAGGGAAUUAGGAAAAGUAUUCAUUGAUAGAACUGUCUGCCUACAAGAAUUAUUCCCAUAAGCGAACUCCGAAGAAAAGAGGGUGGAUGUUGGUUAACAGGAGAGCUUGCUUGCUUUCCUGUGCACAAAUGAAGAUUUUAUAAAACUGACCCUGAUGCUAUAUUGCUGAGUCAAAGUUCAUAUUUUUGUUGAUUUGCAAUGUCAAGACAAAUCUUAUUGCUAAGAGUCAAUUAUUAUCCAUGGAGAAUCCCCUUCAAGAGCGUUAAACAAAAGAAAAAUCCAAUUUUCAAUUUUUUAAGUGUCUGUGUCCACCUAUGAGGGAGUGUCCGCUUAUGGGAAUGUAUAAAUACAGAGUUUGACUGGGAGGCAAAAAGGAGAGUUUAAAAAGUGUCCAUAAGUAGAACUGUCUGCUUACAUGAGUAUCUGUUAACAGAAAGUUGACUGUGUUUUAAAGAUUUCUUCAACAUUGAACACAGUGAUAUAUAUGAUAGGUUAAAUCAUGCAUGUAUUUUGAUUGGUUCCUACAUUUGAUCUACCAGAGAACAGACACAUAAUUAGAUGAUUCACUACUGACAACAUUUACUUUUGACUUUUUAUCAUACAAAACAAAUGUAUUCCAUGUUGCUGUGGAUUUGUUCAGUAAAAAAUCACACAUGACAUCAAAAUAUGGUAAGAACAUCAUUCAGUGACACUUGGCUGUGCCUUGUGUGCCACUUUUUUCUUGUUACCACUUUUGACAUCAUAUGUGGUCUAUCACUGAACAGAUGCACGACAACAUGGAAUCUGUAAUAGUCCUAGGUUGCAAUUAUCGUAACAAGAAAGUUGAUCAUGUAGUCUGAUCAUCUUGGUGAGAAUAGCUGAGACAGAUUGUGUUGAUCAUAGUUACUGAUAUUUUGUCAACUUUGCAGAAGUUGUCAAACAGAGUUGACUGUUUCUUCUUGUCUUUCUCAGAACUACUAACCACUCACACCUGGAUGAUCACAGUACACGGUGAAAUGUUUUUUAGGUGGUUCUCCUCAAC